CGAUCAACGGUUUGUACUCUGCCACGUAUCAUCGACGAAUAACCGACUCAACCAUCGAGUCAGCGACUCCCUCCCUGAAGAAGACUACACCCAUGUUUCUGAAAGUCUUUUUCCGUUCUCAUUGAUCUGCCCAUGUAGCUUUACCAUUCUCGCAGAGAUCUCUUGCUUUCCUGGGAAAUAUUCUGUUUUCUUGGAAAAUCUCGAGGAGAUGGACGGGGGAUUAUUCGAUCUGAUGGAGUUCCUUAGGAGGCCAUCGAUCACCGAAACAUUUGUCGACAUUUUGCUCUGCGCCGUACCUAUUUGGCUGGCCGUGAUGAUCGGGCUUGUGAUCGGUUGGUCCUGGCGCCCGCGAUGGACCGGCUUUGUCUUCCUGGGGAUGCGCUCCAAAUUGAGGUUCGUAUGGACAGUGCCGCCGGGAUUUGGGGCCCGCCGUCUCUGGCUGGCAUUCACGGCUCUCUCGGUUUUCUCCGCUUGCCGCACGAUUUGGUCCAAUUUGAAAUUGAAGGGUGAGAAAUCGGCGAGCCGAGAAAUCGACGCCGCCAGCCCUAGUACCAGACAAGUGGUGGAAGAGCGUGGCAUUGCCACUGAAAACGAUUUGGAGCAUCUAUUAUAUUUUCUUGAAGGGAAUAUAGAAUGGCAAAGUAUGAUGGAGAGAUCUACUCCGAACAUGUCAUACCAAGCUUGGAUUCAUGAGCCUGAGACAGGCCCAGUAGUAUACCGCACUAGAACUGUCUUUGAGGAUGCAACUCCAGAGUUGGUUAGAGACUUUUUCUGGGAUGAUGAAUUUAGAACUAAAUGGGAUCCUAUGCUCACGAGCAUUAAAAUAUUGGAGAUAUAUCCUGAUAUAGGAGCAAUGGUUGUUCAAUGGAUAAAAAAGUUCCCUUUUUUCUGCAGUGAUAGAGAAUAUAUUUUUGGUCGAAAAAUAUGGGAGGCUGGAAAGACCUAUUAUUGUGUGACAAAGGGAGUACCGUAUUCAGGUUUAGAAAAACGUGACAAGCCAAGGCGUGUGGAGCUUUAUUUCUCAAGUUGGGUUAUUAGGGCUGUGGAAUCCCGUAAAGGAGAUGGACAGAUGUCUGCUUGUGAGGUUACCCUUAUACAUUAUGAGGACAUGGGGAUCCCCAAAGAUGUGGCGAAGUUAGGAGUCCGCCAUGGAAUGUGGGGAACAGUCAAGAAACUACAUUCAGGGUUGCGAGCAUAUCAGAAUGCAAGGAAAUCAGAUGCUCCAUUAUCCAAAAGUGCAUUUAUGGCACAGAUGACCACUAAACUUGCCUCUGAUGGUAGCAUGGGUUCUUCAGGGCCCGUUUCUAGCGAAGAAGAAAAGCGCCGGGCUGUGGAAACACGGAAACAAGAAGGUCAUGUCAUUGACUGGAAAUGGGUAGUUAUAGGUGGUGUAGCUCUCGUGUGUGGACUUCAGUCAGGUGUCGUUGGAAAGGCGUUGAUGAUGGGAGCAGGGCAAAGAAUUGCCAGGAGGUGAGAGGUUUCUAGUCUAGUCAUUGUAUCUCCAUAUAAUUUUGGGAAGUGAUGCUGUUAUGAACAUCAGCUGUUAUUUAUCUACAUCAAUGAAUGUUUUAAGUAUUAAAGUUAAACGUAUGGGCUUUGAUUAUCUGAGACGAGAGAAUUGAUAGAUCUUUCCUCUGU